AUGCCUGCCUCCUGUCCAGAGACUGAGGUCUUUCCUCAGUAUAGCUUUACCGACGACUACAGUGAAGGAGCCCAUCCGCAGUUACUCCAAGCCCUUUUGCGCACCAAUGCCACACAGCAAGUUUCAUACGGAUACGAUGAAUACAGCAAUGAAGCUCGGCAGCUAAUCCAGGAUCGACUGCAAGCUACCGAGGAUGAGGUGGCCAUCCAUUUUGUGCCCAGCGGGACGUCUGCCAACCUCAUUUGUAUUGCAAGCUGUCUACGACCCUACGAGGCUGUAUUAACAGUGGACUCGGGCCACAUCGUCAGCAAAGAGGCCGGAGCCAUCGAAGCAACCGGACACAAGACAAUCGUCGUCCCGGGAGUAAGAGGCAAAAUGACACCCGAAAAUCUGGACCGAGCGGUCCGCCAGAACCAAUUCUUCCCCCACAGCGCUAAACCGCGCUUGGUGUAUAUCUCCAACGCCACCGAACUCGGAACGGUGUAUACCAAACGCGAGCUGCAAGAAUUGUCCGCCAUGUGCAAGCGAUGGAAGUUACUCCUUCUCAUGGAUGGGGCACGCAUCGGUGUCGCCCUCAGCGCCCUGUCCAAUGAUGUAACGCUGCGCGACCUGGUUGACCUAACGGAUAUCUUCUGGAUUGGCGGUACCAAGAUGGGUGCCUUACUCGGAGAGGCGAUCGUGGUACGGAGGCAUCUUGCCGAGGACUUCAUUUUCCACUUGAAGCAGCAUGGAGCCUUGCUGGCCAAGACUCGUAUCAUGGGCGUGCAGUUUGCGGAGCUGUUCCGGGAAAACCUCUUCUUUGAUCUUGCGACACAUGCCAACGCCAUGGCGCUGCGGAUCUCGGCGAACCUUGAGGAAUUGGGAUUUCUGUUGGCGGCGCCCACGGAAACGAAUCAGGUCUUUGUUACAUUGCCCAUGGGGUUGGUUCGACGGCUGGAGGAACGGUUCCGAUUCUACACUUGGGAUCCGUUGGACGGGGAGCAGGCGAUUGUCAGGCUUGUUACGUCCUGGGCGACGGAUUCUUUGGAGGUCGAUAAGUUUAAUGCGUGGGUUCAGCAAUGGACGGCUGUUUGA